CUCUGUGCACUUUUGGAAUUUUGUUGUUACGUUGAGUUUGCUGGUAGACGUACGCUUUGUCCUCUUUGUAGUUUACCGAAAUGGGAGUGUGGUCAGAACCUAUAAAAACCUGAUCUAGAGUCCCCCAAGUUUUGGAGUAGAUAUUUGCAGAACUUGGAAACCGCACACCAAAGGUUGAGGAUCAGAUUCUGUGCGUGGCAGUUUUCGUGGGAUCGGUCGCAUCAAACCCUUAUCAUUUUCUGUCCUCGUUAAAGGCACGCUGACAGAGACACAUGGCCGACUCUGUUUCGCGAUCUCGUGUAAAGGACUCGGACGAUAUCGAAAAGUCCGUUCGACGGUCAUCCCGUAUUCGCCGACCCCAACGAAUACCCAUCCACCGACUUUUUGAAGACGAUGAUUUGUCCGUGGAAUCCGACUCUGCUUUGAGCCAGGCGGGAAUACACUCGUCAAGACAAAAGUAUAAUCGAAAGCGAAAGGCUGGUGAAGGCUUGACGCACGAAAAAUCAGAAGCGAACAGUAGUAAAAGAAGACCCAAGGUGUCUGACGUCCACGGCGCACGGGGGCCAGAAGUCAGAGUGCACAAGAGGCUAAUUCCUGUAGAAGACGAACCCGCUUUAAUUGAGACGAUUAAAAGGGAGCAUGCUGAUCUUUUAAGAAGCGAUGAAGCGCUGGAAGUGGAUAGGGCGAAGAAAAUUAAGCUGCAGAUGGUUCUGGUCAACAACGAAUGGGAACAACGAUUCCUUGAGUUUCUCGUUUUCCAACGUGUCUACGGCCAUUCUCUCGUGCCUAAAAACUUUAUGCCAAAUAAGCAAUUGGGACGAUGGUGCGCCAAAGUUCGUUGUUGGUAUAGUAAGAAUGAUUCGAGAUUGACCCCCUCAAGGCAACGGCGACUUAAUGCAGCGGGUUUUAUCUGGAAAGCCAAGAAAGAUCCACAAUUUUGGAAGAUACAAAAUCAAUGCGAGCAAGCUAUGGAUAAGUGGGAAGACUUUUUUGAUCGACUUCUUGUUUACAAAGCUCAAAAGGGCGACUGUUUGGUACCAAAAGAGUAUCCUGAGGACAUGACCCUGGCUCGAUGGGUUGCUAAAACUCGAAAGCACUACAAAGCCAAAAAAGAAGGUCGCUAUCACACUUUGGACGACGAUAAAGAAAUGAGACUGGUGGAAGCGGGUUUUGUUUUCAACUCGAAAACUCAGGAGCGUUUGCGAUUUACUGUGCUCAAGCGUUUUGAAGGACGUUGGGAGGAGUAUUUCAGCAAGCUUGAGAAAUACAAAGAGCGCUUCGGCCAUUGUGUCGUUCCUCGGCGGUGGAAAGAGGACCAGUCGUUGGCCUCUUGGGUUAUGCGGCAGCGAUGCCACUGGAAGCGCCUUCAACAAGGGCUUCAUAGCUACUUGACUGAAGAGCGAUUAGCAAAGCUUGAGGAGAUUGGAUUCGCAUUUGUGGUUGCUAGGAAAGGAAUGCCGCUACAUACUGGCCCUGACCAGGAAGGCAGCGAAGACGAAGACGAAAGCAAUGAGAAUGACUCGGAUGAUGACACGGAAAGCCUUCGUUCGGACGAAGUCCAACCAAAGAUCUCCCGAAGACAUAGAGAGAACGCUGGAAUGGGCCUUGAAGGUGAAACACAGAGAUCGAAAAGGUCAGCCCUCCGAGAAUCUGUCUCUUGUGUUCCUGCGGCAUCCGUGUCAGUAUAUGUCACAGCGGAAGUAGCUUCGGGAGAAGAUCUUACGGUUAGCGACCCACAUCAAAACAAGGAAUCGAAGCCUGAAUCGCUGGACCCCCCUUUUUCAUCUCAUUGUACUGCAUCAAAUCCCACCGUUCACUAUGAUGGAGAGGUGAAAAGCACAAGGAGCUCUUCACAAGGUAAAAAUUUAUUGAGCGCUUUCCGGAGUUCUUUGGCAGUCAAGAAAUCAGAGGAGCCUCCUGUCAUCAAAGGCCAAUGGCGCUGCGAAUCAUGCGGAAAGGACGAAUUUAGCGCGUUUGCUGAGUUUGCAGCUCACGAGCACUCUUGCUUGGCGCUACCAGAAUUUGCCACUGUUCCCUGA